UGUUUAAUGACCAAUGUGGCUGCCACCUCAUCGCGUGAUUAUCGUGAUGCUGUGAUGUUGUGUGAGCGCCGAGUUUUUCGUUGGUGACACGGAAGGAACACCUCUUUUUCAAGACGAUCGUCGAGAGGAACGAGCGAAAUGACCCAGGCUUACGUGAAAGCCCUCCUGGCGAUUCUUUUGGUCGCUCAGGUUCACGGAAUCAUGUUCUACCUGGAGCCAAACGGUCAUAAGUGUCUGAAGGAGGAAGUCCACGCGAAUGUACUCGUCACAGGUGAAUACGAGGUGUCCGAGGCGAUGGGUCAGAAAACGAAUUACGUGAUUGCAGAUUCCAAAGGACAUAUAUUAUCACAAAAGGAGGAUAUUCCUCAUGGAAAAAUGUUGAAGUUCUCUUUUGUAACAGAAACUUACGAUACUUUUGAAAUAUGUUUUGUUUCACGUGUUCCAAGCCAUCAACGCGGUAUCAGACAAGAAGUUACAUUAAUUACGAAACGUGGUAUUGAAGCAAAGAGUUAUGAAGGCUUGAUCGGUGAAGCAGCCAAAUUGAAACCAGUAGAAGUGGAAUUGAAACGGUUAGAAGACUUGUCUGAGGCGAUAGUGCAAGACUUUGCCAGAAUGCGCAAAAACGAGGAAGAAAUGAGAGACACAAAUGAGGCCACGAACACUCGGGUAUUAUACUUCAGUAUAUUUUCGAUAUGCGUCCUCUUUGGUUUAUCCACUUGGCAACUCUUCUAUUUCCGACGCUUUUUCAGGAUGAAGAAACUCAUUGAAUAAAUGCAUUUGUAAUAAAUAAUACAAAUGUAAAAAAAUAUACUUAUUUUUUGAGGUUUUCAUCUUUGUUACCUGUAAUUUGUAUUUAAAUUAUGAAACACUUUUUACAUUCAUCAAAAUAUUUAAGAAAUACUAUUUGAAUAAAUAUGCAAAAACGCGUUACAAUCAUAUUACCUCAUUCAAAUCAAUGUAAAAUAAGAUAAAACCUCAUCUCGCCACACAUUGCCCAUAUGUCGAGAACACAUUAUUUAAGCAAUUGUAAGAUAGAAAGUUUCGUAAAUAAAAAUAUACCUCAAUGGUAAUAAAAUAGA